AUGGCUGACCAACACCUUGGAUGUCAAUUGGGGUCUAUUUUCGUUGUGCUUUCACAGCAUCGUAAUGGAAGCUGGGCGAGGGCACAUGGCUCCAAUACAUCUGUGCCAGUGAUACUAUUGGGAUUAUGGCCUUGUAAGGCAUCUGGCUCUUCAAUGGCGCUCGAGGUCAACGGUCGAGUGAGACGAUUAUGGAAGAAUCUCACAGAGCAUGGCCAUUGGCCUCGGGCCGUCCAGAACGACGGUUUCGGAGCGUUCCACUCCAGCUGGCGUUGCGAUAUGUACGCCUCAGCCGCGAGCAUGCUGCUGCGAAAGGAGAAAGAACCGCCACUCCUCUGUGGCAAUAAAGCUGAGUCCAAGAAGAGCUCCGCGCUCGCUUGUGGAGUGAAUGCUCAGCUUUGGCCGCCGGGAGACAUUCAUUGGCCAGUCAGCAAUUCCACUGGUGCCCUGCGGAGCUGCAACCGCGCUCAUAUCCGCCUGUUGGAGGUGCAUUGGUGUGCGAAGGGUGGCAGAGAGACGCGUAGAAGGUCGACCACACCCACCGUACCCGGGUAUCAGGGUAUGCUGCAAGAUGCACGAUCUUCGAUGACGGUCGCACGCAUGCUCGCUCGCGUCCCAAAGACCGGGGGCGGACGUCGCCUCGGCAUCCACUUUUGCUCCUCCACCGCGGCGAGCCAUGCGCAGUACAUGUACACGGCACAACGUCAGCUCGGGCGCCAGGGGAAGUCAGAAUAUUGCGGACGUCACGUCUUGAGUGCGAGAGCCGGGUGGUCUCCGGAUGCGGCCGCAGACAUCGCCAACAGACGUGCAGUAUGCAUCCAGCGACACAGAAAUGGAUGCGAUGCUCGAAUCCAGCGAGUCUUGGCAACCCAUUCAGGCGGCAUGAUCCAGCGCUUCGUCAUGAUCGUUGCUGCCGAUGGCAAGGCUUGUCUAUCCAAAUACUGUCGAAACCGACGUCCCCCUCCACAUACGCAAGUAACUGAAGCGAUCCGCAUGUCUCUGCCUGAUUACCCGCAUACCGCGAACUCGCGUAACCAAGAUGUCGGCUACCAUCUCAGUGGAGACCACCGCAACGUCACACUACCAGCGCCGCCGCCAUUCCAGGAACAAGAAUCUGUCAGACGAUGCAGUGGCCGAUGCGGUCGGCGCUGUCAGGUGUUCCACCCCGACGCCCUCUACUACAAGCGACAAUGGCGACAUGCGGUCGAGAACCCUCUUUUCAGAAGUCCGUCGCCCCGUCUGGCUAAUUCGAGCUUGUGCUCACACCGCUACGUGUCAUUUCCUUUGUCCCUUCGCUCUGCAUCGUCGAAUUUCAGCAAUGGCGUUGGCGUCAACAUGCCUCGGCUGAUCAACGAUCGAAGCGAUGGUGCUUCUCGAAUCCUGAGCCGUACCAAGAAGCUUCACGCUCGACGUGCUACCAAAAUCACUCAAUCGCUGGAGAUUAGUGGGAAAGUGGCAGUGGCGCUUGCUGCAUGGUCUAUGCUUGGCCUUCUCGCUUGCGUGUACACGAUUCGACAGAUGUAUUCCUGGAUGUUCUAUGCCGCCAUUUUGGGAAGUCUGGAAGGCCUGCUUUGGGAAGAUCUCGACCUUCUAGGUUGUCUUACUAUGAAAUCUGAUUGGGCAGGCGUCAAGCGGCUAAGGGCGAACCUUAAAAGAUUGCCCCUUCCGUCCAAUGAAUCCUCGUCCCUCGGCUUACAGUCGCUACGUCCUUCAAAAGAUGGAAUUCCAGGAGGUACACAAGGCUCCGCGAACGACAUCCCUCUGGGCCUCUGCUACUGUAAGCGGCCGUUCCUCCUCCCUAACCACCGUUCCAGGCCGCGAGGGGGCUCCUCGGCCGCUGCGAACUCUGACGUUCUUUGGAGAGAGUCUCUACAUGGGACUUGGCGUGUGAAACCGCCAUGCAGAAUUUCUGUGACCGCCAUUUCUAAAAACCCCCAAUGGCUAUGGGCGGGACAUAGACCGUCAUUGGCUGCCAAAGUUCUUGUAUGCUGGAUCGAGACGACCCUCGAUCCGCCACGAUGGGCCUUUCUGAUCCCUUGCACAGCCUUGUCUAUCCCGCCUGCCCCGAUGAAGAGUUCCAAGCUACGAGGCCUGGAGACUAGACAUGUUUCGAUAUGGCCCACUACACAUACGCUCAAGGCCAUGCAAACAAGCUCGGAACUGUCGAAGACUCCAGCUCAUUCGACAACACGAGGCCUAACAUUGCACGUGACUACCACGAUGACUCGAAUGCCGGUCUGCAGCUUGAAUGGCAUUGCUCGUGGUACGUUGACCGUCGUUCGAAAUCAGACGAGCGCCAGUCCCUCAGACAUGGAUACCAAGUCCUGGAUUGAUGAAAUGAAGCGCAGUGCUACAUUCGGCGUCGAUCAAGGCCCUUUUAUACGUGUGCGACACUUUGUUCCACCUAGUGGCAGAUUGCGCAAAGCUGCAAGGCUGGCCUUCGCGAUGAAGCAUAUUGAAGCGAUGGUCUUUACAACAGCUGACAUUGCUGACUGGCCGAGCGCCACAUCUCGCGGUUGCGAUCCAGAAGAAUCAGUGGCUGGUGUUGUGGAAAUAUGUCAUGACUUCAAUGUCUCUCCACCCAAGCAGUCGCACAGGAAGCCACAAAAUUACGAAGGUCGAAAUUUGCCUUUUGAAGUCUGA